AUGGCGCACCGGGAGGCGAACACGAUGGGACGGUGGGUUCGCCGGCGACCGGUAGUCGGAUGGGAGAGGGCCGAUCUCUCGGGGCGUAUCGAGGGCGAUUUCCUCAAGGGUGCGACCGACUCGGGCCCGACGGUUGAAGAGCGGGAGCGUAAGAGAGGCGAGUAUGAGCAGCGUGGGGUUGCGGCGAAGCGGAAGUACCGCGGGGAGAGGGAUGAGGACCACGUAAGACAACAAUCCUCCUACCUCUUGCGAUUAGAUAGUACGUUGUACUUCGUAGCAAACGCUGACGAGCUUGAAGACAACUGCCGUGGAUGGAUGCAACCCGAGGAGGUGGCUAUGCAAAUCGCCAAUUUGAUAAGGGCCACAAGCCAAGCGAAGCGAGAGCCGCCCAUUCAACAAAGCGAGGAGCGAUCUGAAACCUCCCGCGGAGAGUUUGAAGCCGGGAAAUUGUGUGCAAGCAGCGGCCCAAGCAGUCCGAGCAGUUCCAAGGAGCGCAAGGAGAGACGAGUGGGGGAGCAGGUGGAAGCCCAACAGAAACCAGCCCCAGCGGAGUCGGAGGCGGAGAGGAAGGACGAUGACGCUCCUCUCACAGUAGUUAGCUGGAUAGUCGGGGGAAUCGACAACGGGAGAAGAUUACGGCCGCCCAAGACCAACAUAUUCGAAGACUCUCGCUUUGAACCAAUCAUGGCUAAUGUAGGUAAUUACGUCUUUCGCGAUUCGCAUUUCGUAUCUCGCAUUCGGACUCUGGAGCUGAUCGAAGUCACGCUUCUCGGGAAUCGGUCAUUCGUGCCACCGAGGCCGAUACUGGAAAAGUUCUUCGUCGCGAAAUCGUGCAUGAGCACCCAACUGAUAACCGUCAGAACAACCAGUACGUACGAAGGACGUUGA